CUCCAGAACAUUUUUUUCUGGAGAAUAUAUAUAGUUUCCUCCUUACAAUGGCGUCAGAGAAUCUGAAUGAUAAGGUUGCUGUCUUCAAGAAGCUCAAAUCCAAAUCUGAUAAUAAGAUUUGUUUCGAUUGCAAUGCGAAGAGCCCAACAUGGGCGUCCGUUACUUAUGGGAUCUUCUUAUGCAUCGAUUGCUCUGCUGUUCAUCGCAGCCUCGGCGUCCACAUCAGCUUCGUCAGGUCUACAAAUCUAGACUCAUGGAGCCCUGAGCAGUUGAAGAUGAUGGUGUACGGAGGAAACAGCAGGGCACAUGUCUUCUUCAAGCAGCAUGGUUGGAGCGGAGAAGGUAAAGCCGACGCUAAGUAUACCUCCAGAGCUGCUGAGUUUUAUAAACAGACUCUUGCCAGAGAAGUUGCCAAAAGCAACGCAGAGGAAGUUGAGUUGCCUCCAUCUCCUGAUUCAACGACAACGCAAGUGCCCAAUGGGCUCUCAACCAUCAAAACUAGUGAACCUCCUAAAGAGAGUAAUAAUAAUAAUAAUACUAAGGUUCCUGUCUCACCGAGAGUCUCUCGGUCCGUUAAGAAACCUCUUGGCGCGAAAAAGACAGGCAAAACAGGUGGACUUGGUGCCCGGAAGCUAACUACUAAGUCGAGCGAGACGCUUUAUGAUCAAAAGCCAGAGGAAUCUGUUGUUGUUAUAUCAGCGACUUAUUCAGAUAACAGUUCACCAUCGGCUAAAUCAGCUAGGUCAUCGUUUUCCUCUCGUUUUGAUUACACGGACGGUGUUCAAACAAGAGAACUAUACACGAGCAACGGCCCACAAGUGUUUGGUCAUGUAGCUCCACCAAGAUCAACAGGCUUCUUUGAGGAGUUUGAGAUGAACGGAGGCGGGUUUCAAAAGAAACCAAUCACAAGCUCCUCAAGAAUUCAAGAGACAGAUGAAGCCAGGAAGAAGUUCUCUAACGCGAAAUCAAUUUCCUCUGCUCAGUAUUUUGGUAAUGAGAAUAACUCCAUGGACCUUGAGGCUAAAAGUACAUUAAAGAAUUUCCAUGGUUCAUCAGCAAUCUCUAGUGCUGAUCUGUUUGGAGAUGAUGAUGGAGAUUAUCCUCUGGAUCUCUCCGCUGGUGAUCUUAUCAACCGCCUCUCUCUCCAGGCUCAGCAAGACAUGUCGUCGUUGAAGAAUAUGGCAGAGGAGACAAAGAAGAAGCUCAGCUCUGUUGCUUCCAGCUUAUGGGUCUGAGAGGUUUCUGUUUUUUUCUUAAGACCUAACCCAAUGCACAUUCAUUUUCUUGUUCUUAUACCCUUUUCCAUUUCUAAGUCAUUUGAUUCUAUUCUUGUACUAGGGGGAAAUUAUACCGUAAACUAUGUUUUGUUUUGUUUUACUGAAAAUAUUGUACAAAUGAGAUUGUGUUUUGUAAAAUUGUCACUAAAUAAAA